CAAGAAAUUAUGUACCGGAGUAAACCGGGCCAUACCGAAACAGAUUUGAAAAAGGCUCUGUUUUUCUAAUUUUAAAACAUAACCAAUUCUCUCUGACAGAGACACACACAUGCAACACCACUCGACGCCAUAAUUCAAGAAUAAUCAGCCCACUCUAAUGGCGUCCAUGAAACACAUUGUUCAUCUUCUCCGUCGCUACAUUUCCAUAGCAAUAACUCUCUUCCACAGCCUCAUUUUGUGUAUAUUCGAUAAUUUCGAUUACCCAAUCCUGAUCAAGCUCGCCGAUGCCUUGUUAUCUUUAUAUUUCAUAAUUUUCUGCGAUCUCCGCCCAAUCACCGUCGAUUUAAUCGACGGAGAAACCACCGUACAUUUCUGGGUCUCCGGCCACCGCAGAAUCAGCCGGCCGAACCUCGUCAUGCUACACGGCUACGGAGGAAAUUCGAAAUGGCAGUUUAUCCAUCAGGUCUCGGAUCUAUCGAGAUCGUUCAAUCUCUUCAUCCCCGAUCUCGUUUUCUUCGGGAAAUCGUACUCGAGAAACACCGACCGGAGCGUCGAGUUUCAGGCGAGGAGCAUCGUCGGAGGUUUGAAGAGGCUGGGUUGCGACGGAGGCUUGGCGGUUUACUCGAUUAGUUACGGAGGAUUCGUCGCGUACCGGAUCGCUAAGAUCUGGCCGGAGAUGAUCGGUAAAUUGGUGAUCGUGAGCAGUGGAGUCGGGUUCACGACGCAACAGCAGAAGAUGACGGAGAUGAAAAAACACGGCGGAGAUGUAUCGGAGAUUCUUGUUCCGAGAAAUCCGAUCGAUCUCCGGCUGUUAGUUAGGGUUUCCAUGAAUACCGGUCUCGCGUUCCUUGACUGGAUUCCAGAUUAUAUCCUCUCCCAAUUCAUCACUGUGAUGUAUGAGACAAAUCGGCAGCAGCUUGUUGAGCUAGCCAAGAAUUUGCUGGAAAGAGAAGAAGAGCCAGAGUUCUUUGCAAUAUCACAGGAAACGUUAAUCGUUUGGGGUGAUAAGGAUAAUGUCUUUCCCUUGGAGCAUGGGCGUCGUCUACAAAGGUAAAAUAAUAAUGAUAAUUACAAAGAUUCUUUAACAGAUUCUGUUGCAGAAAUCUCUCUGUUUUUAUAUUAAAUGAUCAUGUGUCAUUUUGUUUUUUGUGAACAUUGAAGCACCAAGUACUCUUAAUAAUUUAAUUACCUCGUUUAUUUUA